UCUUUCCUUUCUUUCCUUUCUUUCGUCUUUCGUUCCUUUUCUUACUUUUCUCCCGAGGGUCCAGCGGAAGACGGACGAACGACACGAUAAAACCAAAAACAAAAACAAAAACCAUGGCACUGGUCAGCGGUCAGUGAUCAGUGGUCAAUCGAAUCACCGAAUCACCGAAUUGCUCUGACAUAUCUACCUAUGCCAUCCAUCAACACGCGCAUCGUUAUGUACGUAGGUAAUGUUUCUGGCUGGAGCGCGAAAUGUUUUGUUUUCUGUUUUGCUGUUUCCACCGUUCUUGCAUAUGGAUUUUCUUGGUGGUGGUGGUAGUGUUGGUGGUGGAGGUGGUGGUGGUGGUGGUCGAGAACGAGGUGAGGUGAGGCGCCGGGGUUGUUUCGUGAGGAGACGAUCGGUUUUGAAACCCCACACCUCACCUGGCACUGGCACUGCACUAGUACUGGCAGGGCUGGCAGUGUUCUAUCUAUCUGGCGGUGGUCUGUGGGCCGACCGCGAGUAACUAGGAGCCAACCGUUGACGUCGGAUCCGUUGAGGGGAUGUCGGUCGGUUGACUUUCUGGAACACGACUCGGCGCCGGGACGUUUCUGCUCUGGCUGGGGGUGAAACACCACACCACACACCACAACACACACCAGACACCACACACGACCGGGCGGCGCGGCGCGGCGUGAGGCAAGGCGGGUGGCUUUGUCAUCAUCAACGCGCGCGUGGGGAUGAGAUCGC